AUGGCGAUUACAGAGGUUAUUUUUCCGAAGCUGAAGCCUGAUCAGGCCCUGCUCAAACAAUUGGCGACUACUUUCCCAACUGCCGCAAAGACAACAUUCUCAGGUGUUCCGGGCUUGUCAGGCUACUAUAGAGGAAAAGUCAUCGAAGCACAAAACGUUUCACAGGCCGCAAAGUUCGACCAUAGUGGUCUUGUUCUGGUUUUAGACUCUGGCAGCACGACUACCAGCAACUACACACAGUAUAUCAAAGUGGAAAACUUGGGAAGUGAGGAUAAAAGUGUCGAGAAUUCUUGGAGGAACUUGACUCGAGAGAUCGGGCUGCAUGCUAAAUCCUUUCACGCUUGGGGCGUCCAGGAAAGUGAUGGAGCGUUUAUGGGGAUGAUUGGUUGGAGUAGUCUUGAGACUUUAAAAUCCAAAAACGAAAAGGAAUCCGUAAAGAAGGCCUUGCACCAAUUGACCAAACAUGGCGAUGUUACUGCCUUUGUGCUAGAGUUAUCAAAGCAAUCUUAA